AUGAUUGAUACCAUGUAUUCAGCAUCCAAAAUCAGUUGGUUUGUGAGAAGAAUAGGGCGAAGCAAGUCCAAGAAGUACUACAGGCGGCUCGAGGAGGAGGGUGAGGUUGGGAAAGCAGCCCCACUUGAAGCUCGAGAAGGUUACGUAGCCAUGUACGUGGGCGAAGAGGCUAAGAGGUAUGAAGUCCCGAUCAAGUAUCUUUCUCUUCCAACGUUCAAGGAACUGCUGAUGCAAUCGCAAGAAGACUAUCUUGAUGCCAAGAUCGAAGGACCGAUCCUUAUUUCAUGCACCAUCGAGAAUUUCGAUCAACUGUUGAAGAAUGCCAAGCACUUGCAGUUGGAUCCAAGAUGUUCUUCGAGUUCGGUUGACUAA